GCUGACAGGGGCUGGGAACACUGGAAACUUCACUUGGCAUCUAGGGAAGAGAGCGUUGUUUUUCUCUCUCUUGCAACCUCUGGCCUUUUCAGAAGCAGCACUGGCAGAGUAAAACAUGUCUAGCCUCUAGUUAAAGGAAAAUUGUGUCCCUAUGUGACAAGUCUGUCAAAUAUACUCUGCUCUUAUGAUCCACCCACCUUUUUCUACCCUUUUUUCAGAUAGUGAAGAUCUUUGAUAAGUUUUUGUUUGUUUGUUUUUAUAUCACAAUAUGAUUGUGAUUCCUUCAUCCUCAUCUAGUUUUCUGUGGCUUAUGUUACUAUUUUUAAUAUGCACUGGAAGCUAUAAAGGAAUUUUGCAUUUGGGUAUGCUGAUGAUGAAGUCAUACUCCCCCUUUCCUAUUAAUUUUUUUAUAUAUAUUACUGUAAGAAUGGAAAAUACAGGAAGGAACUCCCAAACAUCACUUUAAAAGAAUGACAGAUAUUCCAGCCUUGGAUACUGUGAGGUAGUUCUUUCUGCAAAGCCAAAUUUCCCGAAGUUUGAAGAUGUUUUAGAUCCCAAAACUCAAGUUUAUAUGUGACUUACUGUGACAUCCCAACCCCCAAACCCAUCCCCUUCUACUCUUUGUGACCCUGGCAGUUAUUAAACCUCUUGUAUGCCUUAGUUUCCUCUCCUAAAAUCAGCAAAAUUAAUACUUGGUUUUUCCCUACCUCACAGGGAUGUUGUGAGGAUAAAUGUGUUCAUGGAAGAAAGAACUUAUAUAAAGUUUUGAGAAUGGGGAAUGCAUCAGCAACCCCCACACCCCCCUCCAGAUCAGCCAUGGAUGCCACCAACACCAGGCCCAGUGGACAUUGUUCCUCCUUCCGAAGACAGCAACAGUCAGGACAGUGGGGAAUUUGCCCCUGACAACAGGCAUAUAUUUAACCAGAACAAUCACAACUUUGGUGGACCACCCGAUAAUUUUGCAGUGGGGCCAGUGAACCAGUUUGACUAUCAGCAUGGGGCUGCUUUUGGUCCACCGCAAGGUGGAUUUCAUCCUCCUUAUUGGCAACCAGGACCUCCAGGACCUCCAGCGCCUCCCCAGAAUCGAAGAGAAAGGCCAUCGUCAUUCAGGGAUCGGCAGCGGUCACCUAUUGCCCUUCCUGUGAAGCAGGAGCCUCCUCAAAUCGAUGCAGUAAAACGCAGGACGCUUCCAGCUUGGAUUCGUGAAGGUCUUGAAAAAAUGGAACGUGAAAAGCAAAAGAAAUUAGAGAAAGAGAGGAUGGAACAACAACGUUCACAAUUAUCUAAAAAAGAAAAGAAGGCCACAGAAGAUGCUGAAGGAGGUGAUGGCCCUCGUUUACCUCAGAGAAGUAAAUUUGAUAGUGAUGAAGAAGAUGAAGAUCCUGAAAACAUUGAGGCUGCAAGCAGUGGAAAAGUCACCAGAAGUCCAUCUCCAGUUCCUCAAGAAGAUCAGAGUGAACCAGAGAUGACUGAAGAAGAGAAAGAGUAUCAAAUGAUGUUGCUGACAAAAAUGCUUCUGACUGAAAUUCUUCUGGAUGUCACAGAUGAAGAAAUUUACUACAUAGCCAAAGACACACAUAGGAAAGCCACGAAAGCUCCUGCAAAACAGCUGGCACAGUCCAGUGCACUGGCUUCCCUCACUGGACUCGGUGGAUUGGGUGGUUAUGGAUCAGGAGACAGUGAAGAUGAGCGGAGUGACAGAGGCUCUGAGUCAUCUGACACUGACGAUGAAGAAUUACGGCACCGAAUCCGGCAAAAACAGGAAGCUUUUUGGAGAAAAGAAAAAGAACAGCAGCUACUACAUGAUAAACAGAUGGAAGAAGAAAAGCAACAGUCAGAAAGGGUUACAAAAGAGAUGAAUGAAUUUAUCCACAAAGAGCAAAAUAGUUUAUCACUUCUAGAAGCAAGAGAAGCAGAUGGUGAUGUGGUUAAUGAAAAGAAAAGAACUCCAAAUGAAAUAACAUCCAUUUUAGAACCCAAAAAAGACCAUAAAGAAAAAGAGAAACAAGGGAGGAGUAGAUCAGGAAGUUCUAGUAGUAGUUCCAGUAGCAAUAGCAGAACUAGUAGUACUAGCAGUACUGUCUCUAGUUCUUCUUACAGUUCUAGCUCAGGUAGUAGCCACACUUCUUCUCGAUCUUCUUCUCCUAAAAGAAAAAAGAGACAUAGUAGGAGUAGAUCUCCAACAAUUAAAGGUAGACGCAGCAGAAGUAGAAGCUACUCUCGCAGAAUUAAAAUAGAGAGUAGUAGGGCUAGGGUGAAAAUUAGGGACAGGAGGAGAUCUAAUAGAAAUAGCAUUGAAAGAGAAAGACGACGAAAUCGGAGUCCUUCCCGAGAGAGACGUAGAAGUAGAAGUCGCUCAAGGGAUAGACGAACCAAUCGUUCCAGUCGCAGUAGGAGUCGAGAUAGGCGUAAAAUUGAGGAUCAACGUGGAAAUCUUAGUGGGAGCAGUCAUAAGCAUAAAGGUGAGGCUAAAGAACAAGAGAGGAAAAAGGAGAGGAGUCGAAGUAUAGAUAAAGACAGGAAAAAGAAAGACAAAGAGAAAGAGCGUGAACAGGAUAAAAGAAGAGAGAAACAAAAAAGGGAAGAAAAAGAUUUCAAGUUCAGUAGUCAGGAUGAUAGAUUAAAGAGGAAAAGAGAAAGUGAAAGAACAUUCUCUAGGAGUGGUUCUAUAUCUGUUAAAAUCAUAAGACAUGAUUCUAGACAAGAUAGUAAGAAAAGCACUACCAAAGAUAGUAAAAAGCAUUCAGGCACUGAUUCUAGUGGAAGGAGCAGUUCUGAAUCUCCAGGAAGUAGCAAAGAAAAGAAGGCUAAGAAGCCUAAACAUAGUCGAUCGCGAUCCAUGGAGAAAUCUCAAAGGUCUGGUAAGAAGGCAAGCCGCAAACACAAGUCUAAGUCCCGAUCAAGAUCAACAACCCCUCCCCGUCGUAAGCGCUGAGGAAUGAUGUGGCAAGAAUGCCAUGAUGUUUUU